CGUUAAUUUUAUGUAUUGUUUUUCUCGCGUGGGCCCCUUGCGGACAAGUUGUAACUCUUAGCUAAGAGUUCAUUAAAAAAUAUCUCUUAAUAAACCUGUAAAUAUUUUUGAAACAAUAUUUCGGCUUCAGAAACUGAACGGAAGCUGCGGCUGUUUUUGCCGCGCAGUGCGAUGUGUGUCCCCGUCUGUGGGCCGUGUUGAGCGUCGAACCAGCGGAAGACGUUCCUCUCCUCAGCCCUAGACAAGUGUCUCUCUGAAGACAGCAAAUUGGGCAGGACGCGUCGCUGACGUCCGCUAACUGCACGGGGACAGGCGGCGGAGGUGUCUGACGGACCGGACCGGACCGGACCGGAGCGGUCAGGGAGACGACGGGGGGGGCAACGAUGCUGCAGCUGGGGGACGAGGUCCUCCUGUACUCGGUCGUCUUCGUGGUCGUCCUGCUCGGGACCCGGAGCCCGCUGUGGACGACCGUCCUCACCACUUCCCUCUACCUGUUCCUGGCCAUGUUCCGGUUCCCCCAGGUGCCGGCCAGCCGGGCGCAGCACGUGCUGCACCCGCCCGAGGGCGGGGUUAGCUCCGGCAAGGUGUCGGUGGUCGCUCACCGGGGCGGUGGGCACGACGCACCGGAGAACACGAUAGCAGCCAUCCGGGAGGCCAGUAAAAACGGGGCAACGGGCGUGGAGUUGGACCUGGAGUUCUCGGCAGAUGGCGUCCCAAUACUGAUGCAUGAUGAGACUGUGGACCGGACCACUAACGGGUCAGGACCAGUCAGCCAGAUGAGAUUUUCUGACUUGCGUAAACUGGACGCGGCUGCUAAGCAUCGACUGAGGGACACGUUUGCUGGAGAGAAGAUCCCGACUCUGGAGGAGGCAGUGGAGGAAUGCAUCAGACUGCAACUCACCAUCUACUUCGAUGUCAAGGGUCAUCCAGACGAGGCCGCUGCAGCCCUCAAAGAGCUGUACACAAAACACCCGGUCCUCUACAACAGCAGCAUCGUCUGUUCCUUUGAGCCCAAAGUCAUCUACAGGAUGAGACAGAGCGACCCAGAGGUGGUCACAGCAUUGACCCACAGGCCCUGGAGUUUGAGCCGGUUCGGAGACGGAGCCCCACGUUUCUCGUCACUAUGGAAACACCAUUGGAUGACACUCAUGGACGUUGUGUUGGACUCUGCUCACCACCACGUACUGUGGAAGCUCUGUGGCAUCUCAGCCUUCCUGAUACAAAAGAACUUUGUCUCACCGGAUUAUGCAUGGUACUGGGCCCAGAGAGGGGUGGAGGUCAUAGCCUGGACGGUCAACACCAAUGUUGAGAAACACUAUUACCAGGAGCUGCUACAAGUCAACUACAUCACCGACAGCCUGGUGGAGGACUGUGAACCUCAUUACUGACACACCGAGAACCAGGCAGGAACACAACGCUCAGACACAUGAAAAAGGAACAUGUCACUAGUCGUCACCCAUAUGUGGCCUGAGGUAGAAGAACAUGCAGGACACAUGUUAUUUGUAUCUCCAUGCACAUUUCAUACUGAUCAGACUGUGGAGCCAUACUUAAUACCAAGAUGCCAUGUAACAUAACAUCAUUUUAAUAUGAUGACACGUUGAGGCAUCUGCAUUUAUGGAUGUUAAUAAAAAGUUUCUAUAAUAGAUCAAAUCAAAUGUAUGGCUUCACCAACUCAGGAAUACAAUGAUUUUUCUCUGUCUUGCUAUCUCUCUCUCUCUCUCCCUCUAUAUCUCUCUCUAUGCAUUAUACUGUAGUGUCAUCCACAGACUGUCCUUUUUACUCAAUAAAGAUAUAAAUAAACUAAA